AUGGCCGCCACCGAUUCCAAACCCGUCUUGUCCACGCUCAAGACGCCUUUGUCUGCUACUUAUCCAUCCGAGCUCAGGUCGCCUAUGAUUCAUUCAGCAACAACACCCAUUUUCGCCAACAUCAAGCGCGAGGACGAUCUCAAGACGCCCAUUACUCCCCCAACUGCCUAUCUGGAAUUCCUGAAGAGCAUGUCGCCCGUUCUCACCAGUCCAAUGUCCACGGGUACCAGCUCUAGGUUCAUCUUCGAAGGCAGCCGGCCAGUUUCAGUAACAUCCUCUGCGUCCAGUGCGUCCUUCACGUCCACAUGCGCUCCAGCAGACAAGGACUCGCCGGCAACUUCAAGAUCAAGCAGCUGCAGUCGAUGCGAUCCGGCCAAGGACGAGCCGCCCAUGUCCGCUCCUCCAACAAAGCUUCAGAUGGUCACCAUCCCGCCUCCAUCGCCAUUCACGCGGCCGCAAUCGGCGCGGACACCCCGCCUCUACAUUCCCCAAUCGCCCUAUUCGCCUGCCGGGGUAAUGUCACCAGCCAGCGCGAAAUCUAUCCACUCACCCUUCUCCGCUGCUUCGCCAAAGACCUGGGACUUGGAUAAGAAGCCUGCUCGUUCAAGGCGCGUAAGUGUGCGCGAAGUGGUUACUCGAACAGUGACCUACAGUCACACUCCCAUCGACGCAAAAGCGCCACAGUUCCCGCAAAUCGACCCCGCACCCCGCGGCAAGAGGAGAAAGAUGGAAUAG